GUCCCUCUCCAAAACAACAUUCAGAGAACACUUCAAUUCCCUACCUUCUGCAGGGCAUGAGCGCAGUUUCCUUGUCCUGCUAAAUUUCGGAUUUAAAGCGGGGAGAGGAAAGCGUUGUUCCCUGGACAUCAUUUGAAGUCAUGCCUGUUCCAGACCAGCCUGCUGCUGCAGAGAAGGCCAUGCUCAGCCCAGGGCUGAAUGCUUCUAAUGGAGAUGGAGCUGAAACAGAGACCACCUCUGCCAUUCUGGCCUCGGUCAAAGAGCAGGAGCUUCAGUUUGAAAGAUUAACGCGAGAGCUGGAGGCAGAGCGUCAGAUUGUUGCUACUCAGUUGGAACGAUGCAAACUGGGAUCUGAGACAGGUGGCAGCAUGAGCAGUAUCAGUUCAGCUGAUGAGCAGUUUCGCUGGAAUACCCAAGAUGGACAGAAAGACAUUGAGGAUGAAUUGAACACAGGUCUGGAACUGGUGGACUCAUGUAUUCGUUCUCUACAUGAGUCUGGCAUCUUGGAUCCACCCGAAUACACCACAGCUGACAGACCGAGUCUGCUCACUCAGAGCUCACUGCAGAUCACCUCGAACCCAGAGGGCUCCCUCCAGUACUCCGCCAGCUACCACAGUAACCAGACCCUGGCCCUGAGUGACUGCUUGUCCACACCGCAGUCUCAGAAGCCUCAGCCCCCUCCACGGUCCAGCGGCCAGCCCGGAGGAGCCGUGCACAGCUAUAACCAGGUAACAUCUAAUCGUGCAGCCCAUCUUGCGGCGGGCGACUCCGCACAGACCCAGAGCCAUGGCAGUGCCCUGUUGUCUGAUUCCCAGCAUCUCUCUACAGCAUCCGGGCCAGGCCUGUACUAUUCCAGCUCUACUCUGCCUGCCCAACGCAUCAGCUCUCCCAUGAACUCAAUGCAGUCCACGGCAGCCAGCGGUUCCCCGACUAAACUGCAGCGUCUGGGCUCGGCUUCUGACACACCCGGCUACUCCACCAUCCAGCGCCUGCCCUCCUCUUCCUCCUCAGCCUCCCCAAAACCUUCACCUGGGAGACUUGCGAAAUCCUACAGCAGUAGCUCACCCAUCAAUGCGGUGGGAAUCGGAGGAUCACCCGGUACUCAUAUUUCCGGCUCCCCUCUUCGGCUAGCGUCUCCACCCAAUAAAGCCUCGCCCAUUUACCAGCAGCUGCAGUCUGCAGGAGUGUCCACUUACGCCACUCUUUCACCCACCAAAAGGCUGGUGCACUCGUCUGAGCAGUACAAAAUAUCCCACGAUCUCUACGCCACUGCCACUCUACAGAGACCAGGCAGCCUUGCUGGAUCUCGUGGUUCAUACAGCAGUCAGCACACCCACCUGGGUCCCGAACUGAGGCCCCUGCAGUCCCCCGAGCAUCAUAUUGACCCUAUAUAUGAAGAAAGAGUCUACCAGAAAGUCCCCAUGAGGAGCUUGAGCCAGAGCCAGGGAGAUCCACUCCCUCCGGGCCAUACUGGAACCUACCGGAACAACACAGACCUAAUGAACCAGUUCUGUGAACAGGUCCUGAACUUCUUGUUUUGUCCCUACUCUCCUGCCAUAGCCCCGUCCUCCCCUGGUGUUGACUCCGUACCCUUGCAGCGAACAGGAAGUCAGAAUGCCACAGGGACAUUUCCCAGGGGUGGCUACGCCUCCGGCCAGAGCACCAAUUACGCUGACACUUACCGCACCUUGCCAUACUGCUCUUCUGUGGAGUCUCCAUACAGCAAAUCCGGACCUGCCCUGCCACCAGAGGGCACCCUGGCCCGCUCGCCCUCUAUAGACAGCAUCCAAAAGGAUCCCAGGGAGUUUGGUUGGCGAGACCCUGAGUUGCCUGAAGUCAUUCAGAUGUUGCAGCACCAGUUUCCUUCAGUUCAGUCCAAUGCAGCGGCAUAUCUGCAGCACCUAUGCUUUGGAGACAACAAGAUUAAAGCAGAGAUACGGAGGCAGGGUGGUAUUCAGUUGUUGGUGGACCUGUUGGAUCACAGGAUGGCUGAAGUACACAGAAGCGCAUGUGGUGCCCUGAGGAAUCUUGUUUACGGCAAGGCCAAUGAUGAGAAUAAAAUUGCUUUGAAGAGCUGCGGUGGAAUCCCUGCGCUGGUACGCCUGCUGCGCAAAACCUCUGAUGUGGAAGUCAGAGAACUGGUCACAGGUGUGUUGUGGAACCUGUCGUCAUGUGAUGCUCUGAAGAUGCCAAUCAUCCAGGACGCUCUAGCGGUUUUGACCAACACUGUGAUUAUACCCCAUUCCACCUGGGACGUCUCUCCACACCAGGAGGACCACAAACUACAAAUCCACACUUCCCAAGUCCUUCGCAAUGCCACCGGCUGCCUGAGGAAUGUGAGUUCAGCGGGGGAGGAUGCUCGGAGGAGGAUGAGAGAAUGUGAAGGACUGACUGACACACUGCUUUUUGUCAUCCAGACUUCCCUCGGCAGCAGUGAGAUUGAUAGCAAGACCAUAGAAAACUGUGUAUGCAUCUUGAGGAACCUCUCGUAUCGGCUUGCAGCUGAAACGUCUCAGGGACAGCAGAUGGGGACGGAUGAGCUGGACGGUCUCCUGUGUAGUGAUGCCAGCGGGAAGGAUGGAGAGAACUCAGGCUGCUGGGGAAAGAAGAAAAAGAAGAAGAAGUCCCAGGAUCAGUGGGAUGGUGUGGGCCCACUGCCUGACACUGCUGAGCCCCCCAAGGGAAUUCAGAUGUUGUGGCAUCCGUCAAUAGUAAAGCCCUACCUCACCCUUUUGUCUGAAUGCUCCAACCCAGACACACUGGAGGGGGCCGCCGGGGCGCUGCAGAACCUGGCCGCAGGGAGUUGGAAGUGGUCGGUGUACAUCCGUGCAGCGGUGAGGAAAGAGAAGGGUCUGCCUAUCCUCGUGGAGCUGCUGAGGAUAGACAAUGACCGAGUGGUGUGUGCUGUCGCCACUGCACUCAGAAACAUGGCCUUGGACGUCAGAAAUAAAGAGUUAAUCGGUAAAUACGCAAUGCGGGACCUCGUACAUCGCCUGCCGGGCGGAAGCAAUGCUAGCGGGGGCACCACCAACAGCACAGCGGGUAAAACCAUGUGCGAUGACACAGUUACAGCUAUAUGCUGUGCCCUACAUGAGGUCAUCACCAAGAACAUGGAGAACGCCAAGGCCUUACGAGACGCUGGUGGCAUCGAAAAGCUCAUCGGUAUUGCUAGGAGUAAAGGAGACAAACACUCACCUAAAGUGGUAAAGGCAGCAUCUCAGGUUCUCAGUAGCAUGUGGCAGUACAGAGAUCUCCGGAGCCUUUAUAAGAAGGAUGGCUACUCACAGUAUCACUUCGUUGGCUCUGCCUCCACAAUAGAGAGAGAUAGACAGAGACCAUAUUCAUCCUCACGUACUCCGUCAAUAUCCCCGGUGCGGACCUCCCCCAACAACAGAUCAGCCAGUGCCCCCGCCUCACCCAGAGAGAUGAUCAGCCUCAAGGAGAGGAAGAGUGACUACGAUUCGACUGGAACCAAUGCCAGUUACCAAGGAAACAAAGGAGAUCACACUUCUAGAAAAGACACAAUGGCAGUUCAAACCUCCUGUGGAACAUCCACAUUGUUCCGGAACUCGUACGAGACUUCAAAUGAAGAGAUCAAACACAACCAGGUCCCGCCACCACCCGCACCACAGGAGCCCCCAUGCAAAGACUAUGAGGCAUAUCCCAUCUAUCAAAACUCCACUAGGAACUUUGAGGAGCCAUUUUUCGAGGAUCAAGUCCAUCGCCCCCCUCCCGCCACCGAUCUCAAUAUGCACCUGGGACUCAAGUCCACUGGGAAUUAUGUGGACUUCUACUCUGCCGCCCGCCCCUAUAGUGAACUCAAUUACGAAACAAGUCACUACCCUGCCUCUCCUGACUCUUGGGUUUAGAACUUCAUGACCCCAGGGCCUUGCGGGCAGGCAACGGAAUUGGGGCAUGUAGAGAGGCUGGGAAACUGCAUGUGCAUGCAUAUCACAAAACAUUUUUCAUUAAGUUUCGUUCAUCUAAGCUGGUUCCAUGGUGAGGAAUGAGCGAGAGAGACGUAGAAAAGAGGGCCUUGAGAAAGAGAAAAAGUAAGAAAGAAUGUGUAAGAGACAACAGGGAGCUUUGGAGUAGAGAGUGGGUUUUUAUUGAAAAGUAUUUGAAAAGUGAAGGUAGAAAAAGGAGACUGCACAUGUCAAGCAAGGGAAGGCAAGGUAUGUAAGCAUAAGAAAAUUGAGAUUGUAACUUGAGCUAUGGGAACGGCUUUUCACCUUUUUCGAAAAUUUCUUUUCAUUUAUUUGACGUCAUGGUGGAUCAAAGCUUCAUCUUGAAUAUUAAAGAAUGUCCUCUAUGUUGGAAGGUUUUUUCCACCGUUUUUCCCCAUUUUUUAAUCUUUUUUUAUUGGAUCUUUUUUUAAUUUGUUGAUGUGAAGUAUUUGGUGUAAAUUAAAGAGAUGCAUUACACAAGUGCAUUGUGUAUAUUACAUAGACCGCUCAUACCGUGGAUAUGCAUAUUGUUUUACAGUUCAAAGAAAAAGACAAAAAAAAAAGUCCUCGGAGAGAUGUAUUGAUCAUCAGUGUCCCCUUUCCCACAAUACAAACACGUUCAAAGAGCAAGGAUGUAUAUGCCAGUAUUGUUCCUUCUGAUAAUGUGAAUAUGUCUGUGGCAACUAAAAAAAAAGCAGUUGAAGACAGUUACUUGAGUACCAUUCCACUCUCCUUGUCAAUGAAGUGCUUUCUCACUGCCUAUAAAAAAAGAUUUUUUAGAUUUAUUUUUCAGUUUUCUCUUAAAUCAGUUUUUUUUCUCUCUCUUUUUCUUGAUGACUUGUUGUGAAAAAAAUAAAUGAGGCUAUUUAUCAUCCAUAUAAACUGUAUGUUUUAGAACUUUAUCUCAGUUUUCUGUGCUAACUUAAUGAAACUAUAACUGAUAUAGUGCCAAAAUUUUUAAAUCUCUAAAAUCAGCUCUGGAGACAUUUUUACGUUUUUAUGUCACUAUUACUUGUUAUUUCUCCAAUUUGUAGCUGCUUUUUGGUUCCUACGUGUAUUUUAUUGGAAUUAAGCUACAUCUAGAAAACACUGGAAAACUACCAGGAGGGCAAAACCUUUGCAAGCUUAAUUCCCUCCAAAGAUGUAAAACAUCCUGUCUCUCAAUGUUAGUUGAGUGUGUGCUGUAUGUCGAUCAGUGUUUGAUACAAAAGCCUUUGUUUCUAACAGGUGGCUUCUGCUGUUUGAUUUGGUAUUGAACUGCAACACUGAAAUGUUAAUAGAGAAUGAUAAAUAUAUAAAUAUGAAUAUAAAUAUAGAUCUAUAUAAUUUUUAUGUGCAGAUGUCAGUGUCACUGAAAGCAACAAACCAGAAAAGACUUCCAUGUUCUGAUUCCAACAGAGAAAAGAAAAUGAAACUUGAAAAUGUUGACCUGGUUUCAGUUGUGUUGUUACCAAGCUACAUAGAGAUAAUCACGCUGGAUUUGGAUGAUGUUCUGA